UUUUUCAUAUACUCUAAGGGUAUAGGCUACAUAUGCUAAAUAGUAAUUUUAAAAUUAAAUAAAAAAUGGGUAUGCCUUUUGUUAUUUUAUAAAGUCCACAAGUGUUUCUUCUUUAGGAUAACAUAUUAACAUGGAGUCACCCUCAUCACCCAAACCCAUCAAGGUCACUGCCAUCUGCGGUUCUCUUCGUAAAGCAUCCUUCCACCACGGCCUCAUCCGCUCCGCUAUCGAUAUAACCAACAAUUCCAUCAAUGGUAUGUCGAUCGAACACAUUGACAUAUCAUCACUGCCCAUGCUGAACACCGACCUUGAAGUGGACGACAAGUUUCCACCAGAAGUAGAGUCCUUUCGCCAAAAGAUUAUCCAAUCCGACUGCUUCUUAUUCGCUUCUCCAGAAUACAAUUACACCGUCACUGCGCCUUUGAAGAACGCAAUUGACUGGGCUUCUAGGCUGCCAAACGUGUGGGCGGAUAAGGCUGCUGCUGUUAUUAGUGCUGGUGGUAGUUUUGGUGGAGGAUUGUCUCAGUAUAGUCUUCGGCAAAGUGGGGUUUAUCUUGAUCUCCAUUUUAUUAAUAAGCCGGAGUUUUUUUUGGACGCGUUUGAAGAUCCUCCUAAGUUUGAUGAUGAUGGAAAUCUGGUAGAUGAGGAAGCUAAAGAGAAGUUGAAAGCUGUUCUUUUAGCCCUGAAAGCUUUCACAUUGAGACUCCAAGGUGGGAGACAAGUUAAUAGAGGUUGAAAAGUUGCAACGUGUUUGAAUAUCAUCCUCUCUUUCGAAUGUGAUCUAGAUAUGUUUAAUCAUUUGAAUUACUAGUGUAUGUAUUUCAUUGGGUAUGUUGUGUUACUAGACUUUUAAAACA